CAUCCCUAUAAUAGACAGCAAGGCUGUGUGACCGUGGCCACAAUGGCAGUCCAUGCAUGUCACAUCAAAUAGAGUCCGCUAGAAACGUCACCUCAAGAGACACAAAGGACCCUGGGAACAUAAAACAGACCCCCGUGAUGAGGUCACUUUUUCAGACACACUAUCUCCAUGGGAACGCUAGAGGAAUGUGAGUGUGUUUUUAUGCACGAGCCUGUUCGCUUCAAAUUGGACGCAACGUUUUUUUUUCCUUCUUCCCGUGCGUCUAUUCGAAAAAACUUUCCGGCCAAUAGCAGCGCGGCUAAAGCACGCCGGCCCCGCCCCCUCCGCCGCAGCUUCCCACGUUGUGCUCGUGUUGUAUUGUCUCAUUCGGAACUACUUCAGCUUGCUUGGCACCAUGACGACUCCCGCUCGUUAUCCACACAAAUAAGUGGCAACGGGAGGUCACUCGUGGAUCCGGUCACGGUGCAUCUACUCACUGAAAACCUCAACGAUUGGGCUCAAUGUAUGUUAAUGCUGCGUUAAAUUACCCGGCUGCUCUGCUGCGGUCUCUCGCCCGGAUGCGCUAUCCAAUUGGAGGACCGUCGCCGUAGCAUUCGUCGCACUUUGCUCGCCAACCGGCCAGCGGCCAGAGCGACGAUGGCGGCCGGCCGUCGCGGUUGCGUCAACUCUCUCUGGUCUGGCACCGAGCGCGUGCGCAUCGGCGAGCGCCUCAAAGCGACGCUGGCCGGGGUCCUGGAGCUGGAGCUGCUCCGGUGCAAACACCUCGAGAUGAUGGACGCCGCUCUCGGGGAUCGAGCUGACGUCAACGAGCCGGAGCCGGCGGACGGGAGCGAAGCCCAGGAUGAUGCCGGGCCAAACAACGCGACAUCCCGCGGGCAACAGGCACCCUCCCCCUCUGACACAAUGGGCCUGUCAAGUCAGACUAACCCAGACAACUCCUGCAGUAACUCUGGCGACGGGACGGUACAUUCCGCACUGGUUGGGGGGAGUAACUCCCGCUGGUCCACUCUGUCUUGGGAUGCCCCCUCUGACCUGCUGUCACCGCCCACGCCCGAGCCCAGUGGUGCCAUCCACCUGGACAGUGAUUCUAGACCAAGCUCAGGAUUCUAUUCAGUGAGUGGGAGCUCUUUGUCAGACUCGUGCUACUCAGUGUCCAGCGACGCUGCCCAAGGAGGACAGGUGCAGGCAAAUAGACCCUCCAAGGUUUGGGAGCAGGUCCCUGGCUCUGUCGGCAACGCUGACAUCUUGUGGUUAGAUUGUGGAGUGCAACACCCAGUCGUGCAAGAUCAAAGCAAGGACGCUGAGCCAACCCAGCAGCAGUCAAUGUCAGUUUCAAGGGACCCGGAGGUGUCUGGUCUCAGCUUUCUGUCCGACCUCUGCCCAGGCCUCAACCAUUCAUUGAUUUCUUCCCUUCUGAAGCUUGACCGUGUCUGUCUGUCCUCCACCUCCUCCUGUGCACAACGACCCCAGUUGGAAUCAUGUUACUGUGAAGACCUCAUAUCCCAUAGGACAAAAGAGGUAUAUCCGUAUCCCAGUCCGCUGCACGCCGUUGCCCUCCAGAGUCCUCUUUUUACCUGUCAGACGCAGGCACGAUCUCCUUCUCCAAAUCCUGAAGGAAACCAAGCAAACGAGCAAACAGAAACCAUCAGUGGUGUAAGUCCGUCUCCCCAACGGCAGAAUGCCAUAAACGCAGCAUCUUUGACCCAGCUGGAGCAGUACAUCGCUCGGCUAGCUCAUCAAUACCACCGUCGGAUAAACCUUUCCAUCCCGGAUCUUGCACAAUGUCCAGUCACACACAGGGGCCGUGGCACGCCUGGAAAAAGUCACGGUUCCACCCAGUCCCUGUCUGCCUUUGAAAGCCGCAGUACACAUUCCACGUUGCCGGGGGGCAGUGUAAUACCCUGCAAAUCACUGCUGGGUAACUCGGCGAGAGUGAGCCUCAAUGCGACUGGGAAAAAAGCCACGAGGAACUCAAUCAAUCUUGGUAGCCUUCCCUCUGCGACCGGAGAGGAUUUGAACAUCAACGUACAUUUCAACUUAAACUUGAACCUUGCUCCGGGUUUAAACUCUAAUCGGGGAAUUGUCGAAACACCCCAAAAAGUCAAUCUGGGGGUUGACUCUGCAGGUUCAGCUGCUUCAGUGCAGACACAACCCUCCUCAACACCUGGCCCAGCACUUCGAGCACGGCCUCGAAUUUCCACCUGUCCUACUUCCUUGAACCACCGCAGUUCCCUCGAGAUCACGUCGGUUCCUGCAGGCACAUCUGGAUUUGGACCACCAGCUUUCUCUCGCUCACUGGAUUGGAGUGCCGGAGCGCCAUCUGAGGUUGGAACCGUAGUCUAUGGUUCAGUUGCAGGCCCCCAGCGCAGCAGUUUGAUACAGGAUUCCAGCUCCAGUCCCAGGCCGAUUGAGGACUCCCCCAUGGUGGGGGAAAUCUCCCGUCUUUCUGGCUUGUCGAGGGCUGUCGUAGUCGGGCUGAUGGAGCAAGGCGUAGAACUGGACAUCGACUGCUUCCAGGCGGAAGCAGCCAGCGAGUUGAAGAAACAUAAAGGUCUCCUGGUACCCCACAAAGAACAAGCACAUGACUACAUAAGACCAACCGACCUGAACCCCCAGAGACCAAUCCAGCUGUCUCUCAGCGUCACCCAUUCUCCGCAGUCCCAGUCCAGUCUCACUCCUCCCCUUUCACACUCCAGCAGCCCGAUCCUCCCUUACCAGUCCAUCCAUGCUCCUUCUUCAGUCUACUCCUCAGACAACCAGUACCAACGGAUCACUUCCCCACCCAACCUGCCCACAUCCACAGCCUCCUCUCCUACCUCCCGACCCACGCAAAGAGCCCACUCUCCUCUACGUCCACUCCAACCCUCUCCGAUGGGGGCCACUCCGCUCUCAGUUUUCCGAAGAGACGCCCCUUUCCAGUGUUCACUGCCCCGUGCCACCACCAGCACAUCUCCAGCAGAAUAUGGUGGCAUCCAUCCAAGGAGUGGGUCCCUCCGACACAGCGGUGACUGGAAUAGGGCGGAGGGGGAUGGGCUCUACAGAGGCAAGCAUGCGUCUCGCAAGCUGAUCAGAGCAGCGACUGUGAACAGCUACAGCAAGAAGGAGGACUAUGGUUCUGCUCGGCUUGAGGAUGAGGAGACACGAUCACGGAGCAAGACCUCCAACAAACUCAGCAGAGCCUUUGAGGGGCACAUCUGGGGAAAGGAAACUCUGAGUGAGAGGGAGGAGAUGGAUCGGGCUGAGUAUGGGUACGGCUGGACAAGGAACAUAGGCGGAAGCUGCAGGGGAGAACAGAAAAGGGCGAAGGUGGCAUCCAGCGCUCAUGACAAGCUGCCAAAGGGAGAAAGCUCACCGAUUUUCUUGAAGAAGAGAGGGAAGGAGGGUGCAGAGAAACGGAGCUCCAGUGUCAGGAGUUCCAGGAGAGCUCUGUUCAGGAGCGAAUCUCAGGGCUUGCUGGUGCCUUGCAACCAAGAUCAGCCCACAAGACAGUCAAACUGGGUUUCCUCAUUCGAUGUGGGGCAAUGUGCCAUGAGUGCAGCCAGGUACGAGGGGGCCACAAUGCUUCGUGCAAAGGACAACCACCUCUCAUCCACUGCAAGCCUCUUUAACCUCUCCUGCUCUCAGAGCUUCGAGAGCAGCUGUCACUCCGACUCUCCUCCUUUUUCUCCAUCCCCACCGCCCAGACUUAGCCUGCAACGUACUCGAUCCUUGAGAGACUUGGGGCGGAGAGUUUUUGGCUCCUUGAGAUCUUUAAGCUUCAAAUAGAAACCAUCAAAGAAUUGACUUUUUGGCUGCUUGUUCUGUUAACACUGUCAAAUGAUA